AUGGUGCGCCUGAUGCUGUACCCGCUCUUCAGCGAUGUGGACGACCUGUUCUCUCCCCUCGAGGCUCUGGACCAGCUAACUGACGCGAUGCGGCCCGCGGUGCGUCAGGCGGACAAGAAAACGAAGCACACGACUUCGGAUCGCAGUUCCAGCUGCCUGUGUCUCCGUGGCGCCGCGCACCCCGGCAGCCCUCGGAAGCGUGCGCAGAGCAUCGGCGAAGAAGACACGAGAAGCGAUUCGCCUGACGACUCCAAGUUCGUUUUGAACUGCAACGUUCGCGGCUACAAGCCUGAGGAAAUCUCCGUCAAGGCGGUCGACGACUGCAUCGAGGUGAGCGCGAAGCACGAGGAGGAGAGCGAGGACGGUUCUAGCUACGUGAAGCGUGAGUUCACCCGGCGGUUCACCCUCCCUGAAGGAGUGAAAGCCGAGACGGUCACCUGCGCCCUCUUGCCGUCCGGUGUGCUGGCCAUCGAAGCGCCCAAGCCGGAGCCUCCCAGGAAGAAGCCGAGGACGAUUCCCAUCGUAGUCGAGUCGUCGAAGCCGAUCGCGGCGGCGGACCAGUCUGAUAAGGGGACGGAAAAACCCGAAGAAGGCACCACCGAAGCUGCAAAGGCGUCGUGA